UGUGGUUAGCUUACUGUUCCUUUAACCCAUUUUAAAGGAAUGGGUUAAACUGCCCUGUCAUUUUUAACCUUACAUGAUGAAGCUUUGUUCACACAUAAGUGCCAAUUAACACCAACUCCUAACAGCAUAAACUAUGUUUAAAUUUUCCUUGUCGUUUCGAAAGCUUUUUUUCCAAAUACAAUUAGAUGUGCAGAUAUGUAUACACCUAUUGUAAAACACAAUGCAACUGUGCAAUCUGGACAAAAGUGAAAUAAUUUCCAUAAUAAGAGCAGAAAAUGUUUGCAUAACUCUCACCAGCUGCUCAUUUUAUGAAUUUUAGCAAUUUAGUAUGUUGUAAGGAUGAGCUCAGGAUCUAAUUCUUUUCCCACAGUCUCAGCUUUUAUUUUAUAUAUAAAAAAAACAACAACAGCAUUUAAGCUAAGACAAGCCUUACUGUGAUGUGAGAAGGCGGCGCCGCACAUAAAUCCAGCCAGUCCUCUUCACUGUACAAAUAUGCCCUCCUACUGUAGGUGGAGGGAGACGCCUGCUUUUAGUGUCAGGUUUCCUGAUCUGCCAUCGACUUUAGGUUUCCUGAUCUGCCAUCGACUUUGGUGCGUAAAUCCUCUGUCACGAUGUCGUCGACCAUAAAGAAGAUAGAAAUUACUUAUAACUCCAUCAAUGCCAGCAAUACUUUUACAAACGGAGACAUUGUUUCUGGUCAUGUUUCGGUGGAUGUGGCCAAGGAUUGCCAGAUCAGCUCCUUCUACAUGAAGUUUAAGGGGAAAGCUGACGUCUUGUGGUCGGAGAGGCACGGUCAGACCACUCAUGUGUACAGCUCCAAAGAUAAGUACUUCAGCGUGCGGCAGUACUUCAUCAGAGACCCAAACAGCAAGGAUGACUGUCAAAGCUUGAUUACACACCAAAGUGGAGAAACUUACUCCAACGUUUUGCCUCCAGGAAUCCAUGUCUACCCAUUCUCCUUUCAAUUCCCUCUCCAGAAUAUUCCCUCCUCCUUUAAAGGUGCACACGGUAAAAUUGUGUACAUGCUUGAGGCUGUUUUGAGCAGGUCGAUGAGGAUGAACAGCAAAGAAUCAACCAUGAUCAACUUUGUGGCAAAAGGAGACCUGAACCUGGUUCCUGGAUUAAUGGAACCCCAACAUGAAUCUAAGGAUAAGAAAAUGAAACUUUUCACCUCAGGAACUGUUGCCAUGGAUGUAAAUCUUGAAAAGUCAGGCUUUUUCCAAGGGGAAGGAUUAAAAAUUAAGGCGUUCAUUAAGAACGAUUCAUCUCGUGAGAUCAAGCCCAAAUACUGCAUAUACCGGAAGCACAGCUUCUUUGCCAGGGGGAAGAGAAAAGUUCACACAAAAGACCUCAUAAAAGAGGUUGGGACACCCAUUCCUCCUUCAGCCUCAGAAAACGUCACACAGGUUAUUGCCAUUCCUCAGGAUCUGGAGCCCUCCAUCCUCAACUGCAGCAUCAUCAAAGCAGAGCACAGACUCAGGAUCUACCUUGACGUGAAAUACGCUUCAGACCCAGAGAUCAAAUUUAACAUCGUCAUCCUGCCGGCACAUCAGGUCCCUGCUGUGGCAACAGCACCAGCAGCUGCUUCUGACUUUGGAUCCGGGCCAUUUGGGAGCUUUGGGAAUCCAAACCCUCCCGUGUGGGGCUUUGGACCCCAACAACCACCACCGGGGUAUCAACCUGCUGGUCCUCCUCCUCCUUAUGGUGCACAUGGAAUGUACCCUCCUCUGAAUGAAUUUGCCAAUAAAUAUUAAACACACCAAUUAAAUAUUAAGAUUGCUUUUAAGGAGGAGAAAGAUAAAACCAAAAAUAUAUAGCAAUUUUAUGUAGACAGAAAAUGUAUCACUUCUCUGUGCUUUCUAUUUAUAUUUGUAUAAAAAUGUAAACUGCACAGUGCCAUGUCUUAUAAUAAAUUGUGUCUUUCUAAUAAUCAUC